CCGCACAAGUAAAAAGGGGAAAGGAAAGAAAACAAAAGAAUGCCCAAAAAUCCUCUAAUCCAAGAAAAAUUUCAUUAAUUUUUCAAAGCCCUGAAAUUUCCCUUCGUCGUCUUUCCUCGUCAAUCUAUCACUCGAUUUCAACAAGAUCAAGGUUACUCAAUUUCCAAUUUCCUGAUUUGCGUUAUCUUGUACCGAGCUUCCACAAUGGCUGCAAAAAUCCUUGCUAAUUUGAUUGUCAUGGGUUCUACAAUAUUGGCAAGGUCCUUUGUUCAAGCAUAUCGUCAGGCACUGGCUAAAGCCUCUAAAAACGGGGUUGCUCAAGAAGCAGUGCAGAAUAUCAAAAGAGCUAGUAAAACCAUGACCGAAACAGAAGCAAGGCAGAUUCUCGGUGUCACUGAGAAUUCAUCAUGGGAAGAAAUCGUGCAGAGAUAUGAAAACUUGUUUGAGCGAAAUGCUAAAAACGGGAGCUUUUACCUUCAGUCAAAGGUUCAUAGAGCCAAAGAGUGUUUGGAAGCAAUUCACCAACCUAAAGAACCAGAGGAAAAAUAAACAACUUUGUUGAGUGUAUAGCUUUUCUGCAUAGUUGGUUUACUUAUAGUCAGUUCCUAGGGUUUUGUUGGGAACAAACUGAAAAUUCUUUCUGAUGGAGGAAGCAAUAUUUCCUAUUGUAACUUGAAUUUCCUAUUCAAGUUUCA